AUGCAAUUAAUUCAAUUUUUUGUUGUUUUUAUUUUAGCAUUUGGUUCUUUAGCUCAUACCGUACCAGGUUUAUCAUCACUUAAAAGCCAGUAUUUAGCUAAAAGGGAAUUUAAUGAUGUUGCUGAAAAUAUCUUUAGAAAUUUACCAAGAGAAGAAAUUGAUUUUAUUAAUUAUCAUUUACAAAAUUUAACAAAUUAUAAUAGCACUAAGUGUGAUACAUGUAAACAUAGAUUAAGAUACGCGAGAUCAUUAGUUGAUGAGUUGCCAGACAAACAACAUUUGGUGGUAUUAAUGUUGUAUAAAUAUUGUGUUAACACUAAUUACAAUUCAGCUUCAUGUGGUUAUAACGAAUUCUUCAUCAAUACUGGGUCUUAUAAUAAUGAUUCAUUUAAUGAUACACCAGAUUCAAACAUUGGAGCAUUCACUAAUGUUCAUAUCUUUGACAAUGAUUUUUUGAGAGUGAUUAAAAAUUUUGAUAUUGAAAGUGAAAUUGAUUUAGAAUAUUAUUGUUUUUUCAAGGACAAAGAAUCUUGUGAUUUACCAGAAACUCCUGAUGUUGAAGAACUAUUUAAUAUUAGUAAUUGGUGGCCAGCAAAGCAACCAAAGCAUUAUCAACAACCAAUAUAUAAAAACAAUUCUGAAAAAUUCAACGUUAUUCAUGUUACAGAUUUCCAUAUUCAACCAGCAUAUGAAACAGGUCAAGAAGCAAAUUGUAGUAGUGUUCCGUGUGGUAUCAAAUGGUCUUAUAGCAAGAAACUACCAGGUAAAGAAUAUAAUUUCACUGAAUAUUAUACAAAUUUAAAUCCAACUUUCAAAGACUUCAAUUUUUCAUUCUAUCCUGAUGCUCGUUAUGAUGAUUUGGAAUACAUAAAAGGAGAUUAUUAUGAUUUUCCAAAAUAUAGAGGUUGGAACUUUGUUAACUCACCUGCUACUCCAUUUGGUGCAUAUUUAAGUGAUAGUCCUCCUUUGUUGAUGAAUUCUUCUUUAGCUCAUAUAAAGAAAAUGAAUCAAGAAAACAAUUUAAACUUUGAAUAUGCUAUUUUCACAGGAGAUCUCUAUAAUCAUGACUCAACGCAUGGUUCACGAGAAGAAACUAUUGCUGAUGAAACUUUGGCUUUCAAUUUGAUGAAAGAUUACUUUGGUAAUAUUACAGUGCUACCAAGUUUAGGAAACAGAUUCAACAGUGUACUAACUCGAAUUUUGCAUGAUGAUUUCCCUUAUUCUCAAUUACCACCUCUUCAUUUAAACAACGACACUGAGUCUGAUCAUUACCAUUAUAAUGUGGAAAAGAUGGCAGAGCUUUGGAUCAAUAAUGAGUGGUUUGAUAAAAAAGAUGAAAAUGAUUUGAAAAGACACUAUACAGGAUUUUCAUAUGUCACCAAAAGAGGUUUGAAAGUCAUUGCUUUAAACUCUAAUGCUUAUUAUGAUGGUAAUUUAUAUGCUUUCUUAGAUCAAACUACUAACCCAGAUCUUUUUGGAAACUGGAAAUUUUUAGUUGAUGAAUUAAUAGAAUCAGAAUCAAAAGAUCAAAGAGUUUGGAUAAUGUUCCAUGUUCCACCAAACAAUUUUGAUGUUUUACCAAUUGCUUCCCGAAUAUUCGGUACGAUUGUUGAAAGAUUCAGUCCAUAUACUAUUUCAGCAAUCUUUUCAGGUAUUCAUAGAGAUCAAUUCCUGAUUUUAUACUCUGGGAAUUCAACAGCCGAUGAAGCUCAAGAAAAAGAUGCUUUAUUAGUAAAUUAUGUUUCACAAUCAGUAACUCCUUUCACUUCAUUCAAUCCAUCAUGGAGAUAUUACGAAGUUGAAAAUGAAAGUUUCAACAUCAUUAAUUCAAACAAUUAUUAUUUACAAUUAAAUGGAACAUUUAAUAAUGGAGGUGAAGAACCAGAAUGGGAGUUUGAGUAUUCUGCUAGAGAUCUCUAUGAUCCAGAUCAUACUUGGCCAACCAAUGCUCCAUUAAAUGCUACUUUCUGGCAUAGAUAUGUUGCUGCAAGAUUAUGGAAUACUAGUGAUACAGCCUUUAAUCAAAAAUUUAUGGAUUAUAAAUAUAGAAAAAGUCCUUUGACUCCAGUAUGUACUACUCCAAAGGAGAAGAAAUUGGCUAGAGUCUGUUACAAUGAUAAUAACUGCUUCUUGAACUUUUACUCAGACAACAAUAUUAAAUGUCAAAAGGAGCCAAUUAAAUAA